AUCACAUUCCUAUCCGCGCACGUCCGAAUACUCCGAAUUGCGAUUUGUGGUUAUGUGUUUUGACACGCUUUGACAUUAUCCAGAGAAGCCAGGAGCACGUCAUAAUAUUUCGCCCAGGAUGAUGUCCGAGAGGGAUUACGCGCCCCUGAGCGCGGCAUGCGUACGAUCCCUCAAUGACAAGUUGUACGAGAAACGGAAGCCAGCCGCCGUGGAGAUAGAGAAGAUGGUGAAGGAGUUUGCGGCUCACAAUAACACCGUGCAGAUCAAGAGACUGCUGAAGGUUCUUGGGCAGGACUUCGCCACCUCGCAGAAUCCGCAUACGCGCAAGGGCGGUUUGAUAGGCCUCGCAGCGAUCGCGGUCGGUCUUGGAAAGGACACUGGUCAAUACAUAGAGGACCUGAUUCACCCAAUCCUAGCAUGUUUCUGUGACGCCGAUCUGAGAGUCCGAUACUAUGCCUGCGAGAGUCUGUACAACGUAGUCAAAGUGGCAAGGGGCGCGGUACUGCCUCAGUUUACAGACAUUUUCGCCGCUCUCAGCAAACUGGCUUGCGACUCUGAGCAAAGUAUAAAAAACGCCACAGAGUUACUCGACAGACUAAUGAAGGACAUCGUGACGGAAAGCGGCCUCUUCGAUUUAGUCGGAUUCAUGCCUCUGUUGCGCGAGCGUAUCUAUACGAAGAACCCAUUUGGCAGACAGUUUGUGAUAUCAUGGGUAUCCGUGCUGGACGCGGUGCCCAAUAUGGACUUCACAAUAUUUCUACCUGAGAUACUCGACGGAUUGUUCAGGAUACUGGAGGACCCAACGCCGGAGAUCAAGAAGGUCACGGAUACGGUUCUCGGUGAAUUUUUACGUAGCAUAAAAGCCAAUCCCGCGAGAGUGGAUUUUCCGGCCAUGAUAAACAUACUGAUUACACAUGCUCAGAGUAGCGACGAGCUGCUUCAAUUGACCGCCAUCACAUGGAUCAAGGAGUUCGUACAUCUUUCCGGGCCGCUUAUGUUACCGUACAUGUCCGGCAUUCUCGUGGCCGUUUUGCCCUGCUUGGCCUACGACGGCGACACACGCAAAAGUAUUAAAGAAACGGCAACGCAAGUAAAUGCAAAUUUAAUGAAAUUAAUAAUCGUCAAGAGUACAGAAAUUACAAACAAGGAUCAAGAAAAGGUACAUCCUACAAAAGAGAAGGAUGAUGUAACACAAGAUCAUUCUCUGGCUGAAAACUUAGAUCUCGCCAGCGUAGUGGAGGUGCUUACGAAACACUUACUGUACCUGUCGGUCCAAACUAAAGUUGCAGUUUUAAAAUGGAUACAUCACUUGUUUAUAAACAUUCCACAAAAAAUGUUUAAUCACAUCGAGGACUUGUUUCCGAUAUUAAUGAAAUCUUUAAGUGACACUUCCGACGAGGUGGUGCAACAGACUUUAGUGGUAAUGGCUGAGAUUAUCAGCUCGAAAUCUCCGGAGGCGGUAGCGGCCGAUCCCAACGCAAAGAUGCAGAACAAGUAUUUCACAAAGUUUAUAAUCAAUUUAUUGAGACUCUUCUCGACCGACAGACAUUUACUGGAAGAACGGGGCACUUUCAUUAUAAGAGAGCUGUGUACGCUUCUGAGCGCGGAGGAUAUAUACAAAACUCUGGCCAAGAUACUGCUGGAAGAACAAAAUUUAAGCUUCGCCUGUACAAUGAUACAAACCCUGAACGUUAUCCUGUUAACCAGUUCCGAGUUAUUUGAUUUGCGCAACAAACUUAGGCAUUUGGACUCUCCAGACAGUUGCGCGUUAUUCGAGUGCCUGUAUGUAUCCUGGUGUCACAAUCCAGUUGCAACAGUCGCCCUGUGUCUCCUGUCUCAACAUUACCGACACGCGUGCAACAUCAUUCGAUCUUUCGAAAAUAUAGAGGUUACAGUGGAGUUCCUAACGGAGAUAGAUAAAUUGGUACAGUUAAUAGAAUCACCGAUAUUUACUUAUCUGAGAUUGCAGCUUUUGGAAUGGGAGAAGAAUGAUGCUUUAAUAUAUGCAUUAUACGGCUUGCUCAUGAUCCUGCCGCAGAGUGAUGCCUACGCUACUUUGCAACGUCGUUUAGCGGCGAUACCUCCAGCUACGAAGCCGAUAUCUAAAAGUGAUCACUCGCAGGAGAAAACUGAUGCUAAUUGCCCGUUCGAUUUCAACAAACUGUUGAAACAUUUCCAUGCAGUACAAGAGCACCACAGGGAACAAAAGCGCAAACAAAGACUGAAUUCCUUAGUCGAGAGGAAUACUAGUCACGUAGAUGUAUGAAUCACGCGUUCCUUUUUUCACGCGCGAAAAUUCGUACGCACGGAUUUUACAACGCAUAUAAGAGAAAAGACACGCCUGACUUGCUAAUUUUUUACCGCAUAAUUUUACUGCAUAAUGUAAAACUUAUGUUUAGCUUUGUUAUAUAAAAAUAUAAUUAUUAUUUAUUGAAACGCAAUCGUUA